UCAGUCAAGCGGCUAAUUAAAAAGUAAUCAUGUCUGGACGUGGCAAGGCUGGCAAAGCAAGGGCGAAGGCCAGGACUCGGUCUUCUCGUGCCGGGCUUCAGUUCCCGGUCGGGCGAGUCCACAGACUCCUCCGCAAAGGCAAUUAUUCGCAGCGCGUCGGUGGCGGCUCCUCCGUUUACCUUGCGGCGGUGCUCGAGUACCUGACCGCUGAGAUCUUGGAGCUGGCCGGAAACGCUGCUCGCGACAACAAGAAGACCAGAAUCAUCCCUCGCCAUUUGCAGCUGGCCGUCCGCAACGACGAGGAGCUCAACAAACUUCUGGGCGGCGUCACCAUCGCUCAGGGCGGCGUGUUGCCAAACAUCCAGGCGGUUCUGCUGCCCAAGAAGACCGAAAAGGCCAACAAGCCCAAGUAAACUUCAAUUCCAGACCUCCUGCAACCACAAAGGCUCUUUUAAGGGCCACACACACUUUCUCUAAAAGAGUUUGGAAUUCCUUUUAAAGUAAUAAAUGUUGAGAAACUGGACAAAGAUUGAAAUAAAGUCU